CCCAAUGCGCCAUGGGAUGCCAUCGAGGCCAGGGCCAAGUAUCUGGAGUCCACCUUCCGCCAGACAUUCGAGCAGCAUGCCAGCAAGGAUUCACCGGGUGCCCAGGAGAAGUCCAAGAGCAGGGAUCCCAGCCAGACGCCCAGUCGGGUGAACUUCUGCGAGGAGCUGUGCGACAUUGCCGCCUCCCAGCUGCCGGACUUGUGGCGCCUGGGUCAGCUGUACUUCACUGGAGAGCUGCGCGGUCCCCAUGAUCCCAAGCCCGGCGACUUUAAGCGCAUGGUGCUGACUGCCAUUGAGAAGUUUUGUGUCUACUUGCGGCUGGCCAUCCUUAUUGCUGCGGAUCAGCGGGCCCUGCGCCAGACCAGCGGGCUCUCCUGGCCCAUUGGCUCUGCCUCGGCCACGCAUCAGUUCUUGCCCUGGAUUCCGCAGUGUCUGCGCUACACAAGGAUCGCCUAUGCCUCGCUCAUCAGCCUGGACCUGCCCUCGGAGGCACUGGACAUCAUACAGAAGCUUAUCGAUGAGGUGCGUCUAUUUUGCUUCUCAAUCAUCUUCAAGCGGGCCACGGAUCGCUGCAAGAAGCUGGGCACACAUGAGACCUGGGAGCUCGGAGUGGAGGAAUAUCCAGGCGCCACUCUCUUACCGGCCGCCCUCGAAGCUCUCCUCAUCGAAACACUGGAUGAAGUGCAGACAGUGUGCAUGCAGCCGGAGGCAAGGGAGGGCAAUCUUCUGGAGCCGCAGUCGGAUGGCCAGCGGGAGGUGACCCAACGGCUGCAGGAGUUCCUUUCCGCCUUCAGCGGUGUCAUCGAAGAGCUGGCCUUUCACUCCCACGACGAGGAGACACCCACGCACAAUGUGUCACAGUUGCUGGGAUUCCCGAAUGCCCAGCAGCCAGAUUCGGUGGCUGGAAGUGGAGGAGGAGUAGGAUUAGGUAGUGGCACAGCAGCUGUCACCUGGGAGCAGCGCAUGCUCUGCUGCCUGGCCAACUAUGCGUACUGCAACAAGAGCUUCUUCCAGCAUCUCGGUGAGAUAUUUGUGCGCUACGGCUACCCACUGCCCACGCUGGCCAUCGAAACGGCCAGGUACACGGUGAACCAGCUCUUUACCAAUCUACUGGAGGAGUACGUGGAGCACAAGGGCGACCCGCUGGUGGGCACCAUCGAACCCUCCAUGUACCUGGGUCGCUUCCAAUGGGAUCACGAGAUGGAGAUUGGUCAGCUGCGGCCGUAUGCCCACGAGUGCUGCGAUAAUCUGGUCGGUGUCUACUCGGAGAUCUACAGCAUAUCGCCGGCUUUAUUGCGACCGAUCCUCGAGUCAAUUGUGCAGACCAUAUCCGAGGAGCUGGCCCGUCUAAUGAGCUGUGUCCAGCGGUUCAGUUUUACGGGCGCAAUUCAGGCGCAUGUGGACAUACGCCUGCUGAGGGAUGCCCUGGAGGGAUAUGUCAAUGAAACGGCCAAAAACUAUUUCAUGGAGGCACUGGAGGCCAUCAAUCCCCCCCUGAAUGGCGAGCAAAAGCGCAAGGCGGACGAGAUCCUAGAGCGGGUUAAGCGGAAUAUGCGGCUGCAGUUGCUCUGUUUUGGGGUCAAGGAACCAUAAGGACAUUCCACUGCCAACUUUUAGAUAGAUAGCCUUAACGAUAAUAGCUUGUGAUGACUCCCGAUCUUCUGGGAUAAAGAUAAACCUUUAUUGCAAAAA